AUGAGCGAACAAACACCACUGUCGGCAGCAUACCCACUAACACUGCAAGCAGUCGAUUUCUUUGAAAAACUUAAGGAUGAAUCAAUAAAUGGCCCUCGUCAUCAAUACGUACGGGGGGAUAGAAUUUGUAUAGAAUGCUUUAGGCGUCAUGUCCAAGAAGCAAACCGAAAAAUGAAUAUGCCAUUGAACCCAUACUUACUAAACAGGGCAAUUAUACCAGUUACGGCGUUCAUUCAUGCGGUAAUAGAUAAUCCGAACGCGGAGAGAUCUGUGUGCAUAGAAGUGGGGGAAAUAUUGGAGGAUGUUAUCGGUCGAUGGAUCAUUUCUGUUGAUCAUUUAUUCGAAGAAUAAAAAAAAAUAGAAUGUAAACAGGAAAAAAAUAUAUGUAAAGAAUUUAAAUAAUAAUAAUGUUUAUGAAUAAUGUAUUUUUUAUUCUAGUUCCCAAAUCCGUUUCUUCAUAGUGGAUUUCAAGUCCACUAUGAUGAACAGAACCGAAAUAUUAUUGGUAGGUAUCCGGCGCCAUUUCAAACAGUCUAAACAAAUAUAAGCCAGAGAAACUGGAAGGGAGCCCUCUUGUAUUGACACAAGAAAUAAGUUAAGGAGGUUCCGGCGCCGUGAUCUAAACAAAGUUGUGCAAAGUAUCAAGAAGGUAUUCAAGGAUAAGCCAAGCUUGACCACACCAUUGUUGGACCAAUUGUAUGGGAGUAUUAACCAUCAGGGGGUGUCAACCUUAACAAAUGUUUACCUGCAAAGAUACUUGCACAUAGAUAAUAGAGAACCAAUAAUAAUAUUUUGGAAUCAACGGCUUUAACAAUAAUAAAAAGAUUAAGGUUACAGGGAAUAAUAGCAUAUUUAAAUAUAACCGCAUACAGUGAUAGGAAUAAGAAUGAAUUUAAUUUAAAAUUAACUAACAAAGAAACUAAGGAGGUCUUAUACUCAGGAUACAUAGGAAAAAUUAAUAAAAAUGGGAGAAUGUUGAAUUUAUUAGAGGCACAUGGAUUACUGUGUGACAUAGAUCACCAUAUUACACACUGUCACGAUCCAAUAGCCGAUGUAAUAUUAACAAAAUGUAUA